GGACAAACUAUCCUCUUUUCCAGGUCGAUCUCGAAGCUUUAGAUCCACGUCUUGAGCGACUCGGACUUUAAUUCGUAUGAAUUUUCUUUGUAUUCUCGUCACUCCUUUGCACUCGAAUUUUGGCUCCAGAGAGUCCGCCUUUCCUUUUCUUCACUCGAUGCCUCUUCCCCCUUCCACCAGCAACCAUGGACGGUGAUCCCAAGGUUGAGUCGCAGCUCGACUCGUUCAGCUUGACCUUCCCCCUACCCUAUCGCAUUGGGUUUAUUAUUGUUCUCGCCGUAUGGGGCUGGGGUGUCAACCUCCACUACCUGCACAAAGUCAAGAUCGAUGUGCCCUCCCUGAUUCGAUAUCCCUCGCGAUCCUCUCCGACACAACCGGCGCAUCACCUAUCGACCUACCGCCUCGCGACCGUACUUUCGACGGUCUUUUUGCUCUCGAUUUCGACUUUCUGGAUCUUCUCCCGUCGAACCCCCGCCCUCGUAAUUGAAUAUGACUGGUUACCGAUGACCUACCUGGUCGCCCUUGCGGCCCUCUUCUUCGUCCCCAUCCGCAACUUUUCGCAAGGUGGACGAUCGCGGUUCCUCGCUACGCUGCGACGCGUGAGCAUCGGAGGCAUAGCAGAAGCAAAGGAUGGGAAAUUCGGAGAUAUCCUGCUCGCCGAUGUAUUGACGAGCUACUCCAAGAUCCUGGGAGACCUCUACGUGGUCCUUUGCAUGUUCUUCACGCCGUCUGGGUCUUCAACUGCGCGACCGGACAGAAACUGCGGCGGAACGGUGAUAGUGCCGCUCAUCAUGGCAGUGCCAUUCGCGAUACGAUUCAGGCAGUGCAUCAUCGAGUACUUUCGAGUCCGAAGAGCGCCUUACAAGGAGUCAGUGGGUUGGGGCGGACAGCAUCUGGCCAACGCCACCAAAUACGCCACGGCUUUCCCCGUUAUCAUCUUCAGCGCACUACAGCGAAGCGUUCCGGCUGAUCAGCCAGCGCCUGGAUUGAACAGAGCAUGGCUGGUGGCAGUGCUGGUCAACUCCCUUUACUCGUGGUAUUGGGAUGUUGCCAAGGAUUGGGACCUGACUCUAUUCUCGUCGGCGCGUGAACGCAACAAUCCGGAGCACCCGUUCGGGCUUCGCCGGCGGCUUAUUUUCCAGCAGCCUGUUAUCUACUACGCCGUGAUCGGAAUGGACUUGAUGCUGCGGUGUACCUGGUCGCUCAAGCUGAACGCACACUUGGACAAGUUCACCGACUUUGAGAGUUCCAUCUUCUUAUUGCAGUCACUUGAGGUGUUCAGACGAUGGGUAUGGAUUUUCUUUCGAAUUGAAACAGAGUGGCUACGGAACAACACGUCGGGACUCGCGGUGGACGAUAUCUUGCUUGGGGACUACCAAGGCAAGUAUGACUCUGAUGAAGACUAGGAGCUGCGCCAGCCUCCUUGAUGAGAUAGAACUUGUAAUGUACGUGUGUGACUAUAGGUGCCUGGAGUUAUUGGUCUAGACGGAAGCGGAUCUGAACAAGAUCUCGACCUGGGCUUAGAUUUCUGUAUCAACGAAUCCUUCUUCUAUGUACUCUAACAAAACAUGGGUAUACUUCUGUGUGUCUCUACCAUCGCGCGACUAUCCAAGCACUCCAAGUAACAUCACAACGUCCAAGGAAACCAUGGUCGCUGCGCAGUGUUCGGCUCCUUCAACUUAUUGAGGCAGUAUCCGUUGUGAUUCCUCCUUACUUUGCCAUCGCACUCACAUCGACACCCAAUUCCUCCAUCAAUUGGUGUUGAGUAUGACGACACAUUCCCAAGCGCCUGUGACUCAGGUAAUUGCCCGUCUGGCGCAUUGGCCGGGCAUUGAAAUAGUUCGUCGUGCCUAUAUCCAAAAUCCUCAAAAUGAUGCACUUUGUCCGCGUCGAGAAGCAUGCCGACGGCCAGUGAGUGUACAGCGGCGUCACCCCACUAAAUGCAACGUAAAAUCCUGGUUAGUGAUCUGCUUCAGGCUGCCAAGGGUUCGGCCACAGGGGAGAGAACGUGGUUGGACGAGAUGCGGCUCGGCAGGUCUUGGAAGAAGGAGCAUCAAAGCUCACGGUGGAGAAGGAAGGCAGAAGCUUGGCUUUCUUGUCAUUCCAAUUCUCCAACGACAUCCUUCAGCUUCUUCAUCUCCGAGCCUUCUUUUCCAAGUCCGAUUCUUUGCCCACCACAAAAUACUGAAUAAAAAUACCGUUGGAAAACCACUUACCCUUUCAAAAUAGAAACCUCCCG